AUGAACAAAUUUGGCAGAAUUAUUUUUGAAAGGAAGGAAAAUAAUUCAUCUUUACCAAAGUUCGAAAAAUUAAUCAUUAUACGAGAAGAAGUUAAUUCAUCGGAUUCGUUGUAUACUCCACCGAUAUCCCCAACUUCUAAAAUUCAUCAAAGUCAGACUCCUUGUAGUAAUAGAGAAAAUCAAGAUUCAACAACUUUUUCGUCAAAUUCUUCCGAUGAUUAUAAUAUGGAAGAUGCGACUCCACUUAGUCCAAGAAGUUUAGGAACCAAUACUAAUAAUAAUUUACCUGAUACGAAAUUAACUCGACCGGAUAUUCCGCAAUCCGAGGAAUCGCAAAGCAAAUUACCAAAAAAUAAAUAUCGAUUCACUUUGGAAGAAGCAACACCUGAAUUGUUGGCAAAAUUAAAUAUCUCGGAAUAUAGUCUACAUUCACCGUUUGCGUCCACAUUGUCUUCUCCAGCCACAUCCCUGAACGGUCACGUGGAAGCCACAACCGCUAAUCACGUGCUUGCUUCUAACCAUAAAAUGCCAACUCAAUCAUAUCAUCGUUCGAGAAAGAAUCCUUACCCAAUGCGAUCCCCAAGCAAAUCGUCAGAAGGCUUAAGUCUAAAUAUUGACUUAUUUUCGGUAUUCAGUCAAGAUCCCCAAAAGUUACUACAACGGGAUUCUGACAAGCCGAAAAGCGUGAGCGAUACAGUGUCGUUCUCUUCGUCGGAGUCAUUACAAAACAGCCCAAGAAUUGGACCAAAACGAACGCGUUCUCAUAAACCCAAAAACAAACGAUCUUCGCACGCAAUGCCAAGAGAAAGCCGACGAAAAGCCAAUUCUUUAGCUCGAGUUUUAGCCGAUCAAGGAUUAAUUGACUCGCCAUUUAGCUCAAUCGAAGCGCCAACAUCAGUUAAUGGAGAGAAAAAAUCUGUUCGAUUGCCACCACAGCCACAGAUCGAAUUUUCGCAACUAAUGAUCGAAUUAAAUAAUUUAGGACUGGAUAACGAUGUAUUGAAUAGUCGACCUAAAAUCGCGUGGAAAGGAGAUCCAUUAUCGAUAGAACAUCUCCCACACUAUGAAGUAUUGCAUCCGAACGAGUCGUACAUAGCUUCAACAUUCCGACUAACGCCCAUUCAAUUCUUGAAUGCGAAAUAUACCUUAAUAUCAUCUUCGAGACGAUAUAAGAGCCGUUCGCUUCCUUUUCGCAAAAGUGAUGCACAGAAAUUACUGCGCAUUGAUGUGAAUAAAGCGAGUAAGCUUUGGGAGCAAAUUAAAAACCUUCAUUCCGAGUUUCCUAAUAAGAAGAAACGAAAAAUCCGAAAGUUUUAA